UUGUGGUUUGUCCCUUUCUUUCUUUUGAACGAAAUGCCAUUAUUUUGGGGCUGAGAAAUGAGUAAAACUUGCACCUUUAUACAUACCCUUACCCUUUCAGGUUGCUAUUCCAUACAUAUCACAUUUGGGACUUCCCCUUUUUAGCUUCACUUCUAUCUAUAUUUUGCCUCAUAAUAACCUGCAAUCUAAAUAAAGCUUCUGAAUUUUUCUUUAUCAAUUCUGAGGAUGGUGAGAGGGAAAACACAGAUGAGGCGUAUAGAGAACGCCACGAGCAGGCAAGUCACUUUCUCUAAGCGUAGAAAUGGGCUGCUCAAAAAAGCUUUUGAGCUUUCAGUUCUGUGUGAUGCUGAAGUUGGAUUGAUUAUUUUUUCUCCAAGAGGAAAGCUCUAUGAAUUUGCCAGCUCUAGCAUGCAGGAGGUAAUAGACCGUUAUAAGAGGCAUACUAAAGACAGAGUUCAACCUGAAAACCAAGCUGAUGCACAGAAUCUGCAGCAUAUGCAGCAUGAGGCAGCAAUUUUAAUGAAGAAGAUAGAGCUCCUUGAAAUAUCAAAAAGGAAAUUCUUGGGAGAAGGUCUGCAGUCCUGCACCCUCCAAGAAAUACAACAGAUAGAAAAACAGUUGGAGCGGAGUGUCAGCACCAUCCGUGCAAGAAAGACUCAAGUUUUUAAGGAGCAAGUUGAGCGACUAAAAGAAAAGGAGAAAAUCCUUACUGCUGAAAAUGCAAAACUGAGGGAGAAGUUUGUUGGCCUUCAACAGAACCAAACACCAAGUGAAGAUAAGGAAGGAGAAGCUGUUUGUACAGAUAGUAGCGAAAAAUCAGAUGUGGAGACUGAAUUGAUUAUAGGACCACCGGAGUCGAGAACAAGGCGUCUCUUACAGAAUUGAUUGGUGAAAUAUCUUCUUGACUAUCUGCAGCUAAAGGGUAUAUAAUCAAUUGUCAAAUAGUCUUUCAUGCUAAAUAAUUGUGCAUUUGAGCAAGCAAACUAAUUAGGCUUAUGUCUCUUAGGCGCAGCUGAUGGAACUUUUGAUCAUUUGUGAGAUGGUUUGUAUUAAGGAUGUGUAUUAAUUUAUUUGCCUUGAUUGACACUCAAUAGUAAUAAACUCUUCUGCUUGCUGCUUUCAUAUUUGUGGAACAACUAUAUAAUUCUAACAAUAUUUUGAUUGUUGUCUAUGUCAAGAAAAUCAUAAGAAUCAUGGCUAUUGAUUG